AUGGAGAACGCGCACAGCUCGCCGGCGGCCGCGGUGCUGCAGCGCUUCGGGGUGCAGGAGAGCUGCGGGCUGAGCCCCGAGCAGGUCCGCCGGAGCCGGGACAAGUACGGACCCAACGAACUCCCUGCUGAAGAAGGAAAGUCCCUCUGGGAGCUGGUGCUGGAGCAGUUUGAAGAUCUCCUUGUGCGCAUUCUUCUCUUGGCUGCUGUUGUGUCAUUUAUUCUGGCCUGGUUUGAAGAAGGUGAAGAGAUCACUACUGCAUUUGUAGAGCCAGUUGUCAUCAUGCUGAUUCUCCUAGCCAAUGCUGUUGUGGGGGUGUGGCAGGAGAGAAAUGCGGAGAGUGCUAUCGAAGCCUUAAAGGAAUACGAGCCAGAAAUGGGAAAAGUGAUCCGUGCCGACAGGAACGGAGUCCAGAGGAUCCGGGCUCGAGAUAUUGUUCCUGGGGAUAUUGUGGAAGUGGCAGUUGGUGACAAGGUGCCAGCCGAUAUCCGGAUCAUUGAGAUCAGAUCCACGACGUUACGGGUUGAUCAGUCGAUUCUCACAGGUGAAUCUGUGUCUGUGAUUAAACACACUGACCCGAUCCCUGACCCCAGGGCUGUCAAUCAGGACAAGAAGAACAUGCUUUUCUCUGGUACCAAUAUUGCGGCUGGUAAGGCUGUUGGCGUCGUCAUUGCUACCGGGGUAUACACAGAAAUUGGGAAGAUCAGGAAUCAGAUGGUUGCAACUGAGCCAGAGAAGACCCCAUUGCAACAAAAGCUGGAUGAGUUCAGCCAGCAACUCUCCAAGGUCAUUUCUGUGGUCUGCAUAGCUGUCUGGGUCAUCAAUAUCAGCCACUUCAGUGACCCGGUCCACGGUGGCUCUUGGUUUCGUGGGGCUAUCUACUAUUUCAAGAUUGCGGUGGCCUUGGCAGUAGCUGCCAUCCCUGAGGGUCUCCCUGCUGUCAUCACCACUUGUCUGGCAUUGGGCACGCGCCGUAUGGCCAAGAAGAAUGCUAUUGUGAGGAGCCUUCCUUCAGUGGAAACGCUGGGCUGCACCUCUGUCAUCUGCUCUGACAAGACCGGCACCCUCACCACCAACCAGAUGUCUGUCUGCAGGAUGUUUGUUAUUGAGAAGAUUGAGGGGAUCCACUGCAGCCUACAUGAGUUCAGUAUCACAGGAUCCACCUAUACCCCGGAGGGAGAGAUCCUGAAGGAUGACAAGCCCGUUCAGUGUGGACAGUAUGAUGGCCUGGUGGAACUAGCCACUAUCUGUGCUCUCUGCAAUGACUCCUCUCUGGACUAUAAUGAGUCAAAAAAAGCCUAUGAGAAAGUGGGAGAAGCAACCGAAACAGCCCUGACCUGCCUGGUAGAAAAGAUGAACGUCUUCAACACUGAUACAGGCAACCUCUCGAAGGUGGAGAGAGCCAAUGCCUGCAACUCUGUAAUCAAGCAGCUGAUGAAGAAAGAAUGCACCCUGGAGUUCUCCCGUGACCGCAAGUCGAUGUCUGUCUACUGCACUCCUGUCGGUUCCAGCCACAACUCUGCUGGCAGCAAGAUGUUUGUCAAGGGCGCCCCUGAAAGUGUGAUCGAACGCUGCAACUACGUCCGUAUUGGCACUAACCGGGUCCCCCUCACGCUCUCCACUAAGGAGAAGAUCUUGUCCAAGAUCCGGGAAUGGGGGACUGGCAUUGACACCCUGCGCUGCCUUGCUCUGGCCACCCGGGACACCCCCUGCAAGAAAGAGGACAUGCAGCUGGAAGACGCGACCAAGUUCAUUAACUAUGAGACUAACCUAACCUUCGUGGGCUGCGUGGGGAUGCUGGACCCUCCCCGGAAGGAGGUGAUGUCGUCCAUUAAGAUGUGCAAGAAAGCCGGCAUCCGGGUCAUCAUGAUCACUGGGGACAACAAAGGCACAGCCGUGGCCAUCUGCCGGAGGAUUGGGAUCUUCUCAGAGAAGGAGGAUGUGACGGAAAAGGCCUACACCGGCAGGGAGUUUGAUGAUCUCCCCCUGGAGACACAGCGGGAGGCCUGCCGUUCGGCCCGUUGCUUCGCCCGAGUCGAACCUGCUCACAAGUCCAAGAUAGUCGAAUACCUACAGUCUUUCCAUGAGAUUACAGCUAUGACGGGAGAUGGAGUGAAUGAUGCCCCUGCCCUGAAAAAGGCUGAGAUUGGCAUUGCCAUGGGCUCUGGCACAGCCGUAGCCAAAUCGGCAGCUGAAAUGGUGCUAUCUGAUGACAACUUCUCCACCAUCGUGUCUGCUGUUGAGGAGGGCAGAGCCAUCUACAACAACAUGAAGCAGUUCAUCCGCUACCUCAUCUCUUCUAACGUUGGAGAGGUCGUCUGUAUUUUCCUGACUGCAAUCCUGGGCUUGCCUGAAGCUCUGAUCCCAGUCCAGCUGCUCUGGGUGAACCUAGUGACAGACGGGCUACCCGCCACUGCUCUUGGAUUCAACCCCCCUGACCUAGACAUCAUGGACAAACUUCCCCGCAACCCAAGAGAGCCCCUCAUCAGUGGCUGGCUUUUCUUCCGCUACCUUGCCAUUGGAGUGUAUGUUGGAUUGGCAACGGUGGGGGCAGCUACCUGGUGGUUCUUGUACGAUGCUGAGGGGCCGCAAGUUACCUUCUACCAGUUGAGGAACUUCAUGAGAUGCACAGAGGACAACCCCAUCUUUGAAGGCAUUGACUGUGAAAUCUUCGAGUCUCGUUACCCAACCACUAUGGCUCUAUCGGUGCUAGUGACGAUUGAGAUGUGCAAUGCUCUCAACAGUGUGUCUGAAAACCAGUCACUGCUGAGGAUGCCACCGUGGCUCAACAUCUGGCUGCUGGGGACAAUUGUCAUGUCCAUGGCGCUGCACUUCGUGAUUCUCCACGUGAAGCCUAUGCCUCUGAUCUUCCAGGUGACCCCCCUGAGCUGGCCGCAAUGGGUGGUCGUGUUGAAAAUUUCCCUGCCUGUUAUCCUGCUCGAUGAAGGACUCAAGUACCUUUCCCGCAACCACCUAGAGGGAAUUCUCAGGACAGUCAGACACACGUGGAGUGGGGAGCACCAGCUGAAAACCUGCAGGAGUCCAGAUCAAACAGGGUUGGCUCUGUUGAGAAGAGGGCAAGAAAUGAAUGACAUAAAGGAAACUCACUUUCUAAAUAAAGAAACCCUAAGCUGUAACUCGGACUGAAGUCUUGCAUGUUUGACCAUCACUAGAAGCCAGCAGGACAUGCAUGUGUCCGACUAUCAGACUAAUGCGGGUGAAUCGUCGAAAAGAAAAAUACUGAUUUUGUUUUUGUUUCGUAGCUUUUUUUCCCUGUACGUAAUGGUGCAAUUACUGGACAGCUAAAUUAUAGUUUGGGGAUGAAACUAUAUGUAACUGAGUCAUUGUAACACAGCUCCUUGGGGGUCCGCUCCUGAAAAGUUUGAGACCCCUUAAAAAAAAUAGCCCCAAUGUGUGAGCUCAGUAAGGCAUCUUUUGUUUUGUAAAAAUGUGGUAGGUGGGAGGUCAUGCUUUCACAGUGGUGCACAGUAUCUGUGCAUGAGCAAUGAUGACAGAGGUGCAUUCCAGAGCUGCGAUGUGGCACAACAGACAGCAUCUCAGUACCAAGGAAAAGCUUAUCUGUGUGUGUGUGUGUGUGUGGGCAGGGGAGGUAAGCAAAGAAAGGUGCAUGGGAUGCAACAGGUGUAUUCCAAUUGACUUCCAAUUUAGUAGAGUGAUAUCCACUUAAGUAUAAUACCUAGGUGGCAAUGCUAGUGCUCUGGUAGCCACAUUGCCUAGAUGUCCAGCUUUGGUGGUUUCAGUGUACCUGUAUCCUGGUAUAAUUACCAGUGUUGUAGAAAUUGUGGACAUGUAUUUACUUGCAAAGAUUUUUGUGGUGGAAGUUGAAACUUCCUCUAUUUAUCAUAUUAUUCUCUAUUCUGUUUUCCUCUUGUGAAAAUCUUGCACCUUCUCAGGCUCAUCUGACACCAAAGCAUGACCCAGUCCUCUUGUCCUUUCUCUUCUGUAUAACACCUUGUUAGCUCCCUUCCUGUGCUAAGCAUCUCCACCUAAACAGCUUAAAACAAAACAUGGCAAUGGAGAACUCUGGAUCCCAUCGCAUCUAGUGCUCAUUCCUGGUCAAAUUUUCUGACUAGGUAAAUCUAGAUUACCUAGUUUUUAAAAUAUGACUACAUAGAAGGUAAAAUAAAAGACUUAAAAGGCAGUUGGCCAUUAGUUAAUGUCAGUUUUGGGAGACAAUCUGUGCUCCCAAUAUGAUGAUGAAAAAGGGAGAGGUGAUCACAUGGGAGCAAAGGUUGUCUCCCAAAAAUUGACAUUAAGAUGUUAAGACUUUUAUUCUACCACCUAUAUAAUCUUAUUUUUGAAACUCACAUAGACCAUUUGACCAGGAAUGGGCAGUAGAUGUGGUAGGAUCCAAAGUUCUUGAUGAAGGGAAAAAGAUGCCUACAGUUUUUCUUCCUUCUAAACUUCACCCGGGUGUAUGCCGGAGCACCGGAGUCAGUUAUUGCUUUGCUUUGCUAUUAUUUUGCUCCAUUCCUAUCUGGAUCAGUUUCUAUUUUAUUUUUUAAGUCUCUUAAAACCCCCAGUGCUUUUUCUCUCUCUUCCGUGCAGGCCAGCUGGCUGAACUUUGACAAGCUGGCUACCGUAGAUACAGUACGUGCCAAACACCAUCCUUUCCUUUCUCUCCAUCACCAGCAUUGAAAAAGAUGGGUCGCGCCCCCAGACCAAUGGGAAUGUACAGACUUGUUAUACUACUGAGCUGAUUUAAUUGUACAGAAAACCUUGCAUGAAAUGUUGUUACUGUAUUUAAUAUAGAAUGUACUCAAGGAAUUUUAAUAUGGAGCUUUUAAAAAACAAACAAACAUCUUUAUAGAUACUGUGUGAUUACAGGAAAA